AUGCUCAAACUGAAAGCGCUCUCCUAUCUCGACAGCCUCACGACGCCCGAGCUCCUGGGCUACGGCGUGAUCGGCCUGGCCACCCUGACCAGGUCCACGCUCAACCUCGUCAUCUCUGCUUUCCCAUACGCGCCGCUCUGGCUCGUCAAAGCACUCAUCUACCGCAACUACUGCGGCGGCGACAACCUUGCACAGGUUCUGCAGACCGGCGACCGGCUCGCCCAGCGCGGCAUCCAGAAUAUGAUGCUGUCGCUGACGAUUGAGGCGUGCGACGGCGCGCAGACGUCGGUGCCGGUCAGCCAGAUCGUCGCGCAGACGCAGCAGUCGGUCUCGCAGGUGCUGGCGCCGCACACGGCCAAGAUGAUCUCGCACGCCGCGGACAUCAAUUGCGUGCCGCCGGGCUACGUGGCGCUCAAGCCGACCGGGCUGAUCGACGGCGCGGCCGAGAUACUGCGCAACCACAGCAACGCCGCGUACGAGGCCGGCUACCAGCAGCUGCUGAGCAACUGUCGCGACAUUUGUCGUGUCGUGGCGCAGGAGAACGAGAAGCUGGCCAAACAGUAUCCUGCGCGAACGGCUCCCUUCGUGGCGGCCGUUGUCGACGCCGAGCGCAGCGAUCUCCAGCACGGCGUGUACAGGCUCCAGCGAGACCUCUUCCGCGAGUUCAACAGGGGCAAAGUCAACGUUGUCGGGACCGUCCAGAUGUAUCUGCAGGAAUCGAGCCGGAUUCUCGCUGAAGAAAAGGAGCUGGCCAGCAAGGACGGCUAUCUGCUGGGCUGGAAGCUCGUGAGAGGCGCGUAUAUCCACUCAGAGCCGGACAGAACGGUUAUUUUCGCGACAAAACAGGAAACCGACCAGAACUACGACGCCGGCAUCGCAGCCUCGAUCGCAGACAUGGGCUCGGAAAAGCCGACCGUGGGACACCUCGUCGUUGCGUCGCACAACAGAGAGUCGCAGCUCAAGGCCACCCAGCUGCUGCAGGGCGCCGACGCGCGCGUCCGGGCCAACGUGGUUCUCGGCCAGCUGCUCGGCAUGGCCGACAACAUCACGUUCGAGCUCAUGAACAAGUACGACGCCAAAAACGUGAUCAAGUACGUUCCAUGGGGCCCUCCCAAAGAAACCAAGGAGUAUCUUUUGCGGAGACUCGAGGAGAACGGCGACGCCGUCAGAAGCGACAACGGCUGGCCGUUUCUCAAGCAGGUCGUCAAGGCUCUGUUCAGACGACUAUAA